GGGCGCCCCGGGGCCAGGGCCGGGCCCGCGCGCAGGUGGCCGUCCCGGUGCCGCGCCAUGGUGGACGUGCUGGGCGGCCGGCGCCUGGUGACCCGCGACGGCGCGGCGGUGGAGGCCGAGGCGGCGCUGCAGAACAAGGUGGUGGCGUUGUUCUUCGCGGCGGGCCGGUGCGCGCCGAGCCGCGACUUCACGCCGCUGCUCUGCGACUUCUACACGGAGCUGGUGGACGAGGCGCAGCCGCCCGCGCCCUUCGAGGUGGUCUUCGUGUCGGCCGACUGCAGCGAGGAGGAGAUGCUGGGCUUCAUGCGCGAGCUGCACGGCGCCUGGCUGGCGCUGCCGUUCCACGACCCGCUCCGGCUUGAACUGAAGAAGAGGUACGACGUCACAGCCAUCCCCAAGCUUGUGGUCGUGAAGCAAAGUGGAGAGGUCAUCACAGACAAAGGGCGGAAGCAGAUCCGGGAGCGAGGGCUCUCCUGCUUCCGAAACUGGGUCGAGGUGGCUGACAUCUUUCAGAAUUUCUCUGGUUAACUCGGGCAGAGUCUCAGAGGACCAGGGCGGGCACUCCUGCAGUCAAACACACGCAGGGAACGAGAAGAUUGUGCUUCGUUUCCUUUCUCUGUUGGUAUUGUUGAAUUUCAGAGGAUAAGUACAUAACUGUGGCAGAAAGUAAACAGUGCUCAGGACAACACCUUCCCCACUGUGGUUGUGCAGCAUAGCAUCCUUAGCCUAGCAUUUUCCAUUUGUGUGAAAGGAGAGACCCUUGUCUGUUCAUGCUGAGCUAUUGAAAGUCUAUGCAAAAUAUUUAUUUGUGCAAGUUUUUUUCAGGUAAAAUAAUGUAUAGAUACAUAUUUCUGGUAAAUUUAUUUUAAUGAUAUACUUUCACAGCUAUAUUUAUUAAUAAAGUUUGUAGAGUCUAUAUGCUUUAAUAAACAAACCUGUUUGUACCUUGUGCAGCCCUGAUUUCCUUCUUAGCCUAAACUGAGUGCCAGUAGGAGGA